AUGGAAAGUGAAGCUCGAAAUGCCGAUCAAAUUACGUCGAAAUGGCGAGAUAUUCGAUUAAAAUGCACCGAUUUUGGAGGAAUCUACAACAAUCUCCUAAACAUAUGCAAAAGCGGCUCGAACGAUUUUGAUGUUUUAAAGGCGGCCAUGGACCAAUAUGAAAAAACAACGCCUACACGCAAAGCUUUUUCGUAUAUGAAGCCGUGGCUAAAAUUGAAAGACUCCCCAAAAUGGAAAGAGCAAACGGAAGGAAGUUCCCAAUCUUCCGGUUCAAAGCGUUCGAGAAACCCCGAUGGAGCUUCUCAACAAUCGGACGGCCGAACACACAUCGACAUCAACGACGAUCCGAUAGAUCUUGAAACCGACCAACCUCUUCCUCGGCCCGUUGGAAGAAAUAAAGCAAAAAAAGCGGCGUCAACAUCUUCGAAUUCUAGUGUUAUGGAUAUGUUCGGCGAUAAAUUUGAUCGAUAUGUGCAGCUUCAGGAAACGAAGGCCGAGGUGAUGACUCGGAUGGAACAAAAAAUGAUCGAAGCACAAACAUCAUUUCAAGAGGCACAAGAGACACUUCAAACAAAAACCGACAUGGAAAUCUUGAAAAUGAAAGCGGACGACCUUGAGGGCGAAGACUUGGAACUUUUUCUAGCAAUGAAAGAGUCGGUUCGAGCCCGACGUAGGCGUAGGGGGUAG